AUGACGAAUGACGUAGGGUUGGCGGCCUCCCGGUUGUCCUUCACAACCGGAUCACCGCAGAUAAACAAUGUCGGCGCCAAAUUGAAUACCACAGAAGGCUCAAAGAAUCACAUUACAAGAGCCGCUUCACCAACCGAAUCACAUUAUUAUAAUUUCGACUCCAUCAAAAUGCUCCUCGAUGAGGAUCCAGCGACUCUAAUCCACCACACAAUCGACAACUUCAACAUCCAACCCGACAAACUCGCCCUCAGUCGCAUUAACGAAUCCCUCUCCACAAUUCAACAGUCGCGCGAAUUACGCAUCCGAGAUGCAGAAAACGCGCUGCGUAAACUCUCCCGCAACCUCUCCACCUUAUCCUCUCAACACAAAGAGACCGUAUCCAGCCACGAUUCCGUCAGCCAUGCGGCCGAGAUAAGUGAAUUGGACACGAAGAAGUUUCGCAUAGCGAAAGCCGCGUCAGAAGUGGAAAUCGAAACCGAGAGGUUAGAAGGGGAGUUGGAGACGCUGAAGGCCAAGUUGGCGGAUCUGGAAAUGCAGGGUUUGGAGGGUGAUGAUCAGGCUAGGAGGGAGAGGGAGGCGGAUGAUGCGACGAUAUUGCAGCUCAAGAUAUACAGAUCGCUGGGUAUUGAUAUUGAGCCUGACGAGGCAGGCAACUACAACAAGGCGAUCAUCCGGAACACAAAGAAGGGAGAUGUGCAUGUUGUGAACAUCGAUCCGAAGUUCUCGAGAUUCUUUUACGCCAACUAUUUCUGGCAGACCAUACAGACCUAG